UGCAGUACAUUUUUAUACCUGAAAUUCCUGGUAGUGUGGGCACUUGUCCUCCUGGCAGAUUUUGUCCUGGAGUUCAGAUUUGAAUACCUGUGGCCAUUUUGGCUUUUCAUCAGGAGCGUCUAUGAUUCCUUCAGAUACCAGGGACUGGCCUUCUCAGUAUUUUUUGUUUGUGUGGCAUUCACGUCAAAUAUAAUAUGUCUGCUGUUCAUCCCCAUACAGUGGCUUUUUUUUGCUGCUAGCACAUAUGUGUGGGUUCAGUAUGUAUGGCACACAGAGAGAGGAGUGUGUUUGCCCACAGUGUCCCUCUGGAUACUCUUUGUUUAUAUUGAAGCAGCAAUUAGAUUUAAAGAUCUCAAAAAUUUUCAUGUAGACCUUUGCCGUCCAUUUGCUGCUCACUGUAUUGGGUACCCUGUGGUCACUUUGGGCUUUGGCUUCAAAAGUUAUGUAAGCUACAAAAUGCGGCUAAGGAAGCAAAAGGAAGUGCAAAAAGAGAACGAAUUUUACAUGCAGCUUCUUCAACAAGCCCUCCCCCCGGAGCAGCAGAUGUUACAGAAGCAAGAAAAAGAGGCCGAGGAAGCAGCCAAAGGAUUACCUGAUAUGGAUUCCUCAAUCCUUAUACAUCAUAACGGAGGUAUUCCAGCCAACAAAAAACUCUCCACAACUUUGCCAGAGAUAGAAUACCGAGAAAAAGGAAAAGAAAAAGACAAGGAUGCCAAAAAACACAACCUAGGAAUAAAUAACAACAAUAUUCUACAACCUGUAGACUCUAAAAUACAAGAAAUCGAGUAUAUGGAAAACCAUAUCAACAGUAAAAGAUUAAAUAAUGAUCUUGUGGGAAGUACAGAAAAUCUCUUGAAAGAGGACUCAUGCACUGCUUCCUCAAAAAAUUACAAAAAUGCCAGUGGAGUUGUGAACUCCUCACCGCGAAGUCACAGCGCUACAAAUGGGAGCAUUCCUUCCUCGUCCAGUAAAAAUGAGAAGAAGCAGAAAUGCACCAGCAAGAGCCCAGGUGCACACAAGGACUUAAUGGAAAACUGUAUUCCUAAUAACCAACUAAGCAAACCAGACGCACUGGUAAGGCUGGAACAAGACAUUAAAAAGUUAAAGGCUGACCUGCAGGCCAGCAGGCAAGUGGAACAAGAACUCCGCAGUCAGAUCAGCUCCCUCUCGAGCACCGAGCGAGGGAUCCGCUCAGAGAUGGGCCAGCUCCGGCAGGAGAACGAGCUGCUGCAGAACAAGCUACAUAAUGCUGUGCAGAUGAAGCAAAAAGACAAGCAGAACAUCAGCCAGUUGGAGAAAAAGCUAAAAGCUGAGCAGGAAGCCCGAAGUUUUGUAGAAAAGCAAUUAAUGGAAGAGAAAAAAAGGAAGAAGUUAGAAGAAGCUACUGCUGCCCGGGCUGUUGCAUUUGCUGCUGCGUCUAGGGGAGAGUGCACCGAAACCUUACGGAAUCGGAUCAGAGAAUUAGAAGCAGAGGGCAAGAAGCUCACGAUGGACAUGAAGGUGAAGGAAGACCAGAUCAGAGAACUAGAACUGAAAGUUCAGGAGCUUCGGAAGUAUAAGGAAAAUGAGAAGGACACUGAGGUGUUAAUGUCAGCCCUCUCAGCCAUGCAAGAUAAAACGCAGCAUCUGGAGAACAGCCUGAGCGCAGAGACGAGAAUCAAGCUGGACCUGUUCUCCGCACUGGGGGAUGCAAAGCGACAGCUCGAGAUUGCCCAAGGACAAAUUCUUCAGAAAGACCAGGAAAUCAAGGACCUAAAACAGAAGAUCGCGGAAGUCAUGGCUGUUAUGCCCAGCAUAACGUACAGUGCUGCCACCAGCCCCCUGAGCCCCGUUUCCCCUCACUACUCUUCCAAAUUUGUGGAGACCAGCCCCUCUGGACUCGAUCCCAAUGCCUCUGUUUACCAGCCCCUGAAGAAAUGAAGGCCCACUGUGGUUUUGCCCAAACGUUUGGUUACCAGAAGGCAUCGCAGAGGAGCGUCUCUGGCAGUCAAGAUAAAAAAAGUUUAUAUUGUAUUUUGUGGGACUGUAUAUGUUGUCCUUUUUAAAAAGGGGGGAAAAGAUAACACCCAAGUCUGAUUAGAACUGCCCAUCAGUUUUUCUUGUAAAUUUUUAGAAGACCUCACAGAACUUUGCAGUUUAUUUUUCUCGGCCAAUACAUUAAAACCAUUCUUGGAUUUCAAGUA